UGGAGAGACCGAGAAGAGAAGUGGUCUGAUCCUCCUUCCGAACUCCUCUACCAACUCAUCCAGCCUCCCAUUGACAAGACAGCUGUCGGCGACAAGCGAGCGGCUAUACCUUUGCGUUUAGAGCAUACCGGGGCGUUCAUCCGUGACCUUAGUGUGCCGCUUCUUGCAAGCCGGUUAGGCACUUGGUAGAUAUACGGUGCGAAAAGGCCUCAUCGACCCAAGGAAGCCCUAGGAUACUGAUCGCACGAACGAUACAACUCCCUGAUCGUCUUCACGACGUCGCAUCUCAUCGUCCAUGAAGUUCGGCAAGUCACUCGUCCGGCAGCAGAUCCCCGAGUAUGCCGCAAACUACAUCAACUACAAGGCGCUCAAGAAGAUCAUCAAAUCCCUCGAAGACUCCUCCGGCCCGACAAGCCUUCAAGAAAACAAAGGCACCUUCUUCUUCAAACUCGAACGCGAACUCGAAAAAGUAAACGCGUUCUACCUCCAAAAAGAGGCCGACCUCCGCCUCCGACUACAAACCCUCCUCGACAAGAAGCGACAAGUACUUUCCUCUGAUCCGACUGCGACGGCGACGGCGAAUUCGUCGUUGUACGCGUUACAGGAGGGGUUUCAGGCCUUUGAUCGGGAUUUGACCAAGUUGCAGCAGUUUGUUGAGUUGAAUGCGACGGGGUUUUCGAAGGCGUUGAAGAAGUGGGAUAAACGGUCAAAGUCACAUACGAAGGAGUUGUAUUUGUCGUCGCAGGUUGAUGUUCAGCCAUGUUUCGAUCGCGAGGUCAUUACCGGUCUUGCCGAUGAAGCAAGUGCCUCGAUCCUGGAGUUGGAGAGAUGGGCGGGUGCACAAGGCGAGAAGAUCGACCUCGAAGCGCUGAGAAGCCCCGGGCGGAUUGAUUUGGAGGCGGAGACGGUGAACGCGAUUAACGCAGGUGACUCGAGAGCAUGCAGCGAGCUCGUGCCGAAGCUUGAAGCCAGCACGCCCGAUGCUGUCACUUCAGCGUUCCUCCGCGCCAUCAUGAGCGCGCCGGAUGAGGCGCUCCUACUAAUCCUGGUACAGUCGCCCGUCUUCGAUGUCUCUCGCCGGGACGAAAUCACCGAGCGCGGUGUUCUCCACGAGAUCUGUGCAACAGGCCGUGAGCAAUGUCUCCAGCACCUCCUCCAACACAGAAUACCACAACUAUCCCCCGAGCUCGUCAAACAAAAAGAUAUCUACGGUCGUACGCCAUUACACUACGCCGCGAUGCGCGGACAUGGGGAGUGUGUUCGUGCGCUACUCACACAAGAAGGCGUCGUUCAAGCACUUAACGGGCUUGAUCACGAUCAUUUCUCGGCUCUGGUGUACGCUGUGCAGAACGGACACGAGAAGUGCGCGAGGUUGAUUGUCAAAAAAGAAGGUAUCGUCAUUAACCCAGAGAACCCAGAAAGCGAGUACGCACCCCUCAGCUUGGCAUGUGCCUACGGCCACCUGAACAUCGCGGUCCUACUCCUUGAACACGGUGCCGUAUCUGCGCCUAACAGCGAGGGGUUGUACCCGAUCCAUCUCGCUGCUCGUGCAGGACAUAUGGGCUUCGCGAAGAUUUUCGGAAAUGAGAAUCUGGAUAUCAAGGAUAAAUUCCAGAACUGGACGCCGGUAUUCCACGCUGCGAGCGAAGGGCAUGAGAGUGUGUUGAAGGAGUUGCUACAAUUGGGUGCAAGGGUUGAUAUUAAGGAUGAGAGUGGUCUUGAAGCGGCGUACCACGCUGCUUGGGAAGGUCAUCUGGGAUGUAUGCGGAUGCUUCUCGAUGUUCGGGGUUCUGCUCCAUUGGGUAUGGUACCACGAGCGAUGGGCACCCCCAGCCCGAUGGGAAGAUUAGGUGCUGUCGAUUUGGAGGUCAUGGAGUCUAUCCCGAGUCUUGAGUUGCCACCUCCAGUUAUUCCAUUCAGGAAAUACGGCCACAACUACCUCGACAACAAAACUCUCGUCCGCGUCACCCUCGGCCAUGGCCGGAAACUGAAUGGACAACAAGCUGCGGUCGAGCUCUUCUCGAAGGAGGCGCCGGGACAGAUGUCGAGUGUGGUUUCUGCACGGUUGGUGGUGAGGUCUACGACGGAUAUAUUUGUGUUGCCGCAUACCUUUGUGCUGCCGCUUGCGGAUGAGACGCAGGGUAUGGAGUUCCAGGUUGAUGAUGUUGAGACGUUUAGUCUCGCGUUUGAGAUCUUUCCUACCUUUGGAAGUAAGAUCAUCGGGAAGGGUGUUGCUCUUGCGCCAUUGCUCAACCAAGAUAAGACUCUUGUCGUCGCUUUGAUGGAUCCACAACUCCGAAUCAUCGGUCGUGUGUCGUUUGAGGUCGAUGUCGUUCAGCCGUUUGUCAAGUCUGGGAAUCAGAAGCCGAGGGUGGUGGAGACGUAUUGGAAGUCCACCGUUAACACCCAGCCUUCUGUGCCGGAGAAGAAGGGGCCACUGACGGCGCAAACCACUACGAGCUCUAGCUUGCGAGGCGAUAAUUUGUGCAUUGACGUAGCUGUGACACGAGAUCGUGUCGCUGUCGUGCACCCCCGGAGUCAGAAGAUCAUGGUGCAGGGUUUGCAGCUAAAGGUGCAGGGUGUGGAUUGGGUGCAUUUCAAGACCUUUACUGGAGCUGACUCUCCUGAGCUCUUGUCGCGGUUGAGAAGCGCUGCGAAUGCGGUGGAAGCCGCUCAGCUCCUGUCUGGCGGUUACUCGGCUAGCCUCCGCGAUUUCUUGGAAGCUUUGCCCGUGGACAUCGGUAUCAACAUGGAGAUCCAGCCUCAGGAGCGUGAUGUCAACAUCUACGUCGAUGCCGUCCUUCGCGACGUCUUCUUGCAUGCAGAGAACACAAAGGCCGCGGGUGACAACACCAUGGAGGACCAAAGACCAUCGACGAGACAGAUCAUGUUCUCUAGUUGCGAGCCUCUGGUUUGUACUGCUUUGAACUGGAAGCAACCGAAUUACCCGCUUUUCUUCAUCACGAGAUGCUGCGAUAGGAGGAUGUGUUUGCCGGCAAAGUACAGACAGUGUGGGUCCAUCAAGGAUGGCGUCAAGUUUGCCAAGUCGAAUAACCUUCUCGGUAUAAUCGUCGAUGGCGAGAUUUUGACAAAGGUCCCGCCGUUGGUGCAGAGCAUCAAGGAAGCCGGUUUAAUGCUGGGAGCUACUGUGGAUUCACAGGCAUCUGUUCAGGAUUUGGAGACCAAGGCGGAUUGUGUCAUUGGAGAGGUUGGAUCGAUUAGCAGUAUCUGUCGAUUCUCUGAUAACAGCGAGGAGUAUUUUGACGGUAUCUAAAAUAGCGUGUGGGGUAUGAAAGCGAACGUAUAGAGCGAUAUGAGAAUCCGUAAGAUAGUCCGAGAUUACAGUCAAGCGACCGAAGCUUAGUCACGGUCAAAAAUCGAAGCUAAGAAUGUAUUACUUGCCCAAGCCUGAGUCUAUGUUGAUUCAUUGUCCAGCACAUGUACUUAUUUGUUCGCAGUCAA